CUGUCGAACAUUGAAAAAGAAGAAGAAACCGUGCGUUUCUCUCAAGCACGGAAUUUCACUUGAAGAAAAAUCGCAAAGUGUGUGACCAAAAAAUAUGUUCGCCUGAAAACGAACAAGAAAAUCUCAGCGGCUUAAAAAUCAAUCUUAAUUGUGUGCAGAACCACCCAUUAAACACAAAACGUAUCGUGUAGUGCAAGUGCAAUUCGAAGUAGCGGUGAAUUUUGCAUUUUUAUUACCCUUCAGGACGACAACAUUUUGUGCACUCUUGUCAGAUUUGGCGAGUUUGAUGUCUGCUGGUUUGCUGACUUUAAUCUCAUCUGGACAGUAUUUUCUGUGAUUCCGGCUACCGUAAACCCGAAUGAGUUUCGAGAAGCUCUCGAUACAGCAGGAUGAGUCAUCGGAACAGCGAUAACAACACUUCUUGGGGCAGUCGGAGCUCGCGAAAUAAUGAUAGUGGCGGAGCAGGAGGAGGUUAUAAGGAUCGCAGCUGGUCCGGAAAUCGCUAUGGUUCCGACAGUCGGUACAACAACAACAAUAAAGAUCGUCGAAAUUAUCGCAGCUAUGGUAGCCGGAACGAGCGACGCACCUACGAUGAGCGAAGGGGAAAUUCUUACCGAAAUAGUUCUUGGACCAGUAACGUGGGAAUGGACAGUGCUUACAUGUCUCAUUCUAGGCACCAGAAAAAUUGGCAUCAGAACAGAAAAUCUGAUAAGGGAAACACAUACGAUGCCCAGAUAGCACCGCCAAAUCCGCAAGUGCAUGAGUUCAGUGAUCCGGAGGAAGGAGAAAUAAUAGCUACUGACACUGAACAAAUCGCAGUCCCCACCAAUGGCGGACACGAUGAUCAGAACUGUGAACCAGCAGCAGAAACUAGCAUUAAUGUUGAAAAGAAUGUUAACCAUACUAGUCUCAGCGAUGAAUUCCAAGGUUUUCCUGAAAUAAAUCCACCAAAGGCGUCAAAUGGUACCAAUGCAGAUAAAGACAUCGAUUUAUCUAUAAAACAGUCGCCGUUGGUGGAUAACAAACUAGAGAUAAUUCCACAAGAAAAUGAACUGAUUAAACUGAUAGAGGAUGAAGCACUAAGGAUGAUAUCUGACGCGGAGCAACCGUCUUGUUCAAGCUCGCUGCAGAACGUAACACUAGAGAGUGUUACGCCGGCAACAGUUUCGGCAAAUGCUGCACAAAAUCCAGAACGUCGUUCAACGAUAGAACGUAGUGCUGAACAGGUCACUCGGAAACUAAUAAAUCAAUUGACUACGAUGAACAAAUACAGCUUAAAACAAAUGAUUAACAACCCUGACAGUAAGUACGAAUCCGCACUCAAAACUCACGCACGACAAAAACUACGCGCGGAAGUACGUCGACAGCUGAGAAACUUUAGUCUUAGCGAAAGUUCGGCUCAGACGAAGACUACAUGCGGUAUGUUAGAGCCGGACGAAUGUGUUGAUUCAGAUAAAAUACCAGAUGCAUUAUUAGAGCAAAUCGGUAAAGUCCUAGAUUUGAAUCUACUUGAUUUGAACGUUGGAGAGGAACAACCUGCGAUAGCUACAGCGGGACCGGUUGAAGAUGAUGACUGCGUCAUCAACCCGAGUGAUGUGGACUAUUCCGCGGCAGAAGUACUUGAUAAAAAUCUUCGUCUAAACGACGAUGACGGACAGCUCAAUUUGGAUGCCGAGGAUAUUUUCGCUCGUGCAGAGAUGCUACUCAUGAAGGGAAGCGAAGCUGGAUUACAGGGCAGUUCCUCGGGUCCAAGCUCGCCGACUGAUGAAAUGUUUCCAAACGAUCAAAUAGAUUCUAUUGUAAGCGAAGAAAGCGGAUAUGACAAAACGCUAGAUUUAAACGGCUGUCCAAACGGCGAUAACAAAGAUGAUAGCCUUAAAGAGGAUCCUACAGCGAACGCCGAAUUUACCUGUUUCUUGAGAGUAAGCACAGUCGAAGAGCUUAACAAAAAGGUGGAUGACGUCCCCGUUUCGGUCGAAGAGGAAACACCGUGCCCUUUGCCGAUCUCUAACCCUCCGACUGCUUCAAGUAGUGAAGUGGAAAAUGUUAUUGAUACAGUGGUGGUCAGUGAACCAGCAAAAUAUCAACCGCAGGAAAUUUCUCCCGAGCAGCUUUUACAAGAAUCUUCAUUCACGAAAACCACCCUUACUGCUGAAGUUCCAGAAAAAAUGGAAACCGAAGCUAUUGUUCAAGAAUUAGUUACACCAGUCGAUAGUCUGUCGGAACCACCGCUGCAUGAUUUACCGAAUGUCUGUACCACAGAUGAACCAUUAGCGGAAACGAUUACCCCUCAGAAUGAACCAUCUAAACAACCUUCAAUUCCCGAAGUACCUUGCUCCGUUGCAGACAGCGUUCCAAAGGAAGAAGCUUCCGAGAUGACUACCAACAUAACUCAGGCACCUAUCCAACCUGAAUUAGUAACUCGCAAAACCAAAAGUUCAAAAACCUACAAACCAAAUCUUGUGCAACACGAGCAGCAAAAGCGGGACAGUAAAUCCUCAAAUAUGCCACGUUCUUCAUCGAAUGCACCCACAAGUGCUAGCAGCAACAUUAAUUCAUCAUCUGUAACAAACAAGCCAUACAAACCUGGACCGAAUCUCGCAGCUUUAAAACAGACAGGUAAAUGCAGCAGCGGAAGCAACAAGGGAACAGUUGCUGAUGAUAGUAACAAGGAUAAAAAUCAAAAGAAACGCGAAUCCAAUAACCCGGGUGGCUCCAGGACGAGUCCAAGCAAAAAUACCGGACUCAUAAUGUUAGCAGAGGAAAUGCAACAAUUCUCUUCGUUCUCAUCCGUAUCUGCAUUGAAACCUGUCUCUACCCGACCAAAAACUCCCGGUCCGAUGGCGACACCACCAGAACAAUUUGAAACGGAUAAACAAAAAAAGAAGAAGAAAAAACGCAGCCGCAACAGAAAGAGUUUUACGGAAGAUGUUGGCAUGAUGCUGGAGUGCGACCUACGGGUGACACGACCGGUCGUUACAGCGACACCGCCGCCAGUUCCACGCGACUCUGCGCCAGCCAGCUCUAGCAAGAAAACCAGUGAGCCGGAACGCGAAUCAAAACCACUUCGGGAAACCAGGGCACGCUCGGUAGACCCUAAGAUGAUCAGCGAUUCGAAGCGGGAAAAAGAGAAAGAACGCGACCGGAAUAGGGAAAAAUCCAGAAACAGAGAAGCGGACGAGAAAAAAGAAAGCGAGAGAGACGCAAAGAAGGAGAAAGCAAAGGAAGAUCAUCGCCGAGAAAAGGAUAAGGAGGUGAAAAAAGAAAAGGACAAUGAUAAGGGUAAAGAAAAGGAAAAGGAAAUUACUCCAACUGUUGAUGAUUGUCCGAAUAAGAAUAGCACUAUACAGCAGACAGAGCUGCUUACGGUAAAACCUGAAAGAGAAAGAAAAAAAUCACCGGCACCAGCCAAACCGGGGUCAAGGUCUUCAGUUGACACCAACAAGAACUCUAAGGAAACAAAGGAAUUGAAAGAAAAUGCCAAGGAAUCUCCAAAGGAGCCGUUACCAGUAGAGGAGAAAGAAAAGGAAAUCAAUCCGGAAUCGUCAAAGGAGAAAGACCCCAGGAAGGGAAAGGAAACAAAAGAAAGUAAAGAAAAUAACAAAGAUAAGGAUAAAGAACACACGGAUAACAACAGCAAGGAUAUGGAUACGAGGGAAAACUGUAAAGAAAAAGACCCAGUCGAGAAAGAUUUCAAAAACGAAUCCACGGAUAAAUCGAAAGAUAAGGAUUCUGAUGGUAUCGAUGGUUGCUCAGAGAGCGAAGUUAAAAAACCGCAGAAAAAGAAAAGAAACCUUUUGCGUGGACCAAACUUGCUGAAAGGACGCCGAGAAGUUCCAACCGAAGCGGUAAUUGAUCCACAGAAAAAUGGUGAGGAAACUCCUGUACCAGAGCAAACUUCUUCGGUACUGCCAAACCUGCCCCCGGCUCCUGUGUCUGGAGAAACGAUAGCUCCAGAAAAUACAUCAAAUAACUUUCCAAUUCACAAAGUUCGCCGAGAUGUAGUUAUAACAGAAAGCAUCGAUCCUAUUCCGGCGUUACGUUCGACUGUAAGCUCACUAAUUCACCGAACUGCCUCACCACGACCGUGGAAGUCUCCCGGAGAGAAAAAACUCAUUCCAGAUGCACCAUUAAUUACCGCACCAACGGCUACUGUUACGCCAAUGUCACCACCACAGACGGAACGUCAUCAAAUUGCCUGUUCAGCAACAGCAUCUACAACUCUGGCUAUAGAAACACAACAAACAUCGCAACAUCAUCAUCAUCAUUAUCAUCAACAAUCACAACCACAGCAGCAACAGAAUAUCCCUUGUGUCACUCCACCUGUAGUAGCUCAACCGGAUGUUCUUGCUAGGAUUGGGCUUCCCACAACGACGUUGGGAUCUGCUCAAAUGAUUAAUUUCGAGCCUGUCAUGACUUUACUUAACCAAAUGCAGGACAUUGAUAACAAAAUGGGCGACUACCAACGGCGUAAAAUGCAGAUUGAUAGUGAAAUUAUGAGAUUAAACUCAGAAAAGUUCCAAAUUGAGCAAAACUCUAUGCAAUUGCAAAAUGAUCGCUUUAUGGCUCUGAAUGCAUUGCGAGCUGCUCUAGUAGAAUGUGAAUUAAGUGCAUUAGCUGCGGCACAAAGUGCAGCUGUAAUCGCGCCAGUAGUACCGAGCAAUCGCAGACGUCAUCUGACACCAGAAACGGAAGAUCUUCCAAGAAAUAAGAGACGAAAGACAGUUGAAACCGUGACUGGCCCUUCGACCAGUACAGCUGCGGUUCAAGUGUCAUGUCCGGAGCUUUCCGAACCAGAAGAACCUUCUUCCUCUACUCAACCUAGUGCCACUAGUAACAAUUCAGAAAGGACCAUUCGGCGCAUUACCAAAAUAAGUGACAACACUCAAAUAUUGAAACUUUUUCAAAGGCGUAGAUUGGUAUCGGAAAAAUCUGCAGAGGAAAGUCAAUCAGAGGACAGUGUCAUACCGUCGGUAGAACCACCUGUACCGGCUAAGCGUCGCAGAACCCGUACUGUCCAUGUAGUCGAACCUGCAGAACCGGUCAUCUCAACGCUUCCAACCGGUCGAUUACGUAGUGAUGUGAACCGUUCGGUUGAUCCGAAAAAAUCUGUCGAUGUUCCCGCACCAACGGAGCAGUCAGCUAGUGUUGCGUCGCCACCAAACAUUCCGGCCCCGUCCACCUCUGCCAAGUUGAAGAAAGAUGAAGAAAUCCCACUGAACGUUCACAAGAACUUACUGACACGACAGGUCAAGAUAGUUCUUAGCAAGCUCGAUGUGGCUGGUCGCCGUGGUACCACAUGAUCCCUAGCUACCGGUUGGUCCAACCGGUGAGAUCGAAAGUGACUUCUCCGCUGCAAGGUUUGGUAUUAGGUUUUGAAAGUUCUAACUAAAAUGAAAAACAAUUCUAUUGUUGAAAGCAUUACCGCAGGGAAAGACAUGACAGUCCAGUGAAACUUAACAUCAUAAAAGAGUCUUUAUUUUAGUAUUAUUCGUGUAAACACGAAUAUUACUCAAACAAUUAGGUUUUCCACCAAUCUAACCCAUAAAUUCUGAUGAUUGUAUAUAGAUGUCGAAAGCGCAAUUAAAAGGAAACAAAUAUACGUCUUAAACAAGGCACAUUUAAAUUAAUUCGCAAAAACAGUCAAUCAUUUAUCGUACGAUUCAUACUAAUUUGAUCGCGUACAGCAAUAGGGACUUUAUUUAGAGAGAAAGUAAUAAAAAAUAACAAUAUUCAAUCGUACGUAACAAUUCUAAGCCGUCAAGUUGUUAAACAGGAAUUCCGGUUUUGUCAAGUGUGAAUGUUCAAAUUUAGUUGGAGAGUCAUACAUGUUGAGAUAGGGAAAGUUUUCCACACUUGGCUUUCGUCUAUUGUGGACGGCUCGCAUAUCCAUAGGGGCUCAACCGGCUGCACCCAGGCGGUGUCGUGCAAAGGAUCGCUAUAGAACACUAAGAGUAUAUUGCGCCUGGAAGAUGUCAGUGGAAGCCGAAUGUAACGCGAGGGCAAUGUUAGGAUCAAAACAUAAGCAUGAAAUCGAAGUAAAUUAUCUUAUCUAUGAAAAUGUC